AUGGCCAGCAAUGUUACUGCAAGUAAUUCAGAACUAGCGCCAUGGAGCGAGCCAGCCUGGCACCACGCGCUAAAAUCUCCUUACUACAAUGACUCCCACCGCCGCCUGCGCGAUUACAUGCGGGCGUACUACGAUGAAAAGAUCAUGCCCUUUGCGCUCGAAUGGGAAGAAUCCGGCGGAGCACCCCGUCAUGCAGCCCAUGAUUAUGUCGCGACAGGGCUCCCUUUCGCCGACGUGCCGGCCGAGUAUCGGCCAUCUCACAUUCCCGGCCCAGCCGGGAUUCCGGCCAGGGACCUGGAUACUUUCCACCUGCUCGUAAUGACUGAUGAGUCGGCACGCGUCGAAGGCGGCGUGGGCAUAUCACUGGCCGGCGCCUCCGUCAUUGCAAUCCCACCGGUAAUCAAAUGGGGCACUGAGGAACAGAAGAGGAAAUGGUUACCGGGUCUGUUCGACUGCUUCACGUCGUUCUGCCUGGGUGUUACGGAGCCAUCAGGUGGCUCUGAUGUUAGCAACAUCCAGACGACUGCGAAGAAGACGCCAGAUGGGAAGUACUAUGUCGUAAAUGGGUACAAAAAGUGGAUUUCCGGCACGCCAUGGGCAACCCACAUGACGACAGCUGUGAGGACGGGCGGCCCUGGCAUGGGUGGCAUCUCUGUGUUGGUGAUCCCAACCGACUCGCCUGGUUUCUCUCAUCGCAGAAUUGAGAAUAGCGGGCAAAAGGCUGGUGGUGCAUCAUGGAUUGAACUGGAUGAUGUGAAGGUCCCUGUUGAAAAUCUCGUUGGGGGCGAGAACGACGGGUUCAAAAUCAUCAUGACCAAUUUCAACAAAGAGCGGUACCUGAUGGCGGUGGGGUGCAACCGGAAAGCCAGAACAUGCUUGUCGCACUCGCUGGCGUACGCACACAAGCGCUCAACGUUUGGCAAGCCGCUCAUCGGCCAUCAAAUCAUCCGCCACAAGAUCUCGAACAUUGCCCAGGAGGUGGAGAGCCACUGGGCAUGGUUGGAGCAGCUGGCAUACCAUGUUCAACACUCGGAGAAGAAGUUUGACGAUGCAGAGAUUGCGGGCAGAAUAGCCCUGGCCAAAGUUCAGGGCGGGCGACUCUUGGAAAUGGCGAACAGGGAAGCGCAGCAAAUCUUCGGCGGAGCUGGUUACCAGAAGGGCGGGGUUGGUGCAACGGUGGAACAGAUUAGUCGGGACCUGAGGAUGAUGGUUGUUGGAGGCGGCAGCGAGGAGAUUCUCUCGGAUCUGGCGGUUCGGCAAGAAACUGCCGUGGCCAGGAAAAAGGGAUGGAAGCUAUGA